GACUUUUGGAGAGUUCAGUGUUGUGCGCUCUCUCAGUGCGUCACACGCUCCAAACCUUCACUGCAAGCGCGCGCCUGCAGACUCUCAUACAUGCAAACACUGCUCUCUCGGAAGCUUCGUUUCACCACUUGAUUUCGCUUCUACUUGUGGCUGCAUCUCAGGAGUGAAAUGGAUGUCCUCCCUAUGUGUAGCAUCUUCCAGGAGCUCCAGAUCGUGCACGACACCGGAUACUUUUCAGCUUUACCGUCUCUGGAAGAGUACUGGCAGCAGACAUGCCUGGAGCUGGAGCGGUACCUCCAGAGCGAGCCCUACGUCUCGGCCACAGAGCUCAAGUUUGAGAGCCAGGAGGACCUGUGGGGCAAGCUGAUGAUUGCCUGCGGGGACAAGAAAAAAGAGUCGGACCCAAAGAUCCCCCACAUCAAGGAGGAAGAAGACAAUCAGGACAGCACGCACAUGGACGCCGGCGGCUUCAACUCCGACGCCAGCAGCGAGGCCUCGGACAGCUCAGAGGAGCUCUCCCCCGCCCUCGAAUUCUCCUCCAGCCCUUUGACUGACAUUCUGGGAGACGUUGGCGAAGAACUGGGCUCGGCCGUCAUCAGCACGCCGCCCUCCUCACCCGAGCUGAGCAAGGAGGGCACUGUGGCCCAGGUGUGGAGUGGGAUACAGACUGUGCUGCACUCACCUGGGAAAAUUAGGACUGGGGGCAUUGAGAGGUCGGGGCUGACCAGCGGAGAGGCGUCACCUGACGGCAGGAGGCGGGUGCACAGGUGUCACUUCAACGGAUGCAGGAAGGUGUACACCAAGAGCUCGCACCUCAAAGCACACCAGCGCACACACACAGGUGAGAAGCCCUACAGGUGUUCAUGGGAGGGCUGCGAGUGGCGCUUUGCACGGAGCGAUGAACUCACCAGACACUUCAGAAAGCACACUGGAGCGAAGCCAUUCAAAUGCAGCCACUGCGACAGGUGUUUCUCCCGUUCUGACCACCUGGCACUGCACAUGAAGAGGCACAUCUAAGAUGGCCUCUGUGUCGAGAUCUCUGAGGGAUGAUUCUGGUUGAUUGUCCUGACCUGUGGGGGGAUCAGCGAGGCUCGGUGUGUCCUGGGAGCGUUAACACACCGCCGUGUUCCAGUCAGUGGAAAAAGAUGAACCAACGCAGGCUAUUAUUUGCACCAUACUUAGUGCCUCCAACACCUCGCUGUGGAGAUUGCUCUUGAAAGGCUUUUAUGGAGGAGUGGGGGAGGGGGGGGGGGAAGGGAGUGCAGGAAGAGACUUGAAAAAAAAAGUUUAAAGAACUGGAAAGAUCUGGGCUGGAGUAGACGGGAAGAGACUCUUCUGUAUGGUGUUCAACGCUUUUUUCCCGGAGGAUUAUGGGACUCCCGCGGGGGGGGGGGGUCGAUCCUCUAAUGACAGUGUGUGUGCCUGUACGCAUGGGGACUGUGAGUGCCUGAGACUGGAUGCCUGUGCUGGCUUUAAGGAGCGGAUGGAGUUGCAUUGUGGGACUGCGAGUGAAUGACAUGGAAGGGGUGAUGUUACACAAGGGAGGUUUAUCUUUGGGGGGAUUUGUGUGGUCUCACUGAGAAUGAAUGCAAGGUGUUCUGUCUGUGCUGUUUGAGUCUAUUGGCUGUGGAUGGGAGUAGGGGCUUGUUUUGUGGAGCUCCCCCUUUCUGCUCGGAGGUGGAACUACAGCGCCCUAUCCACACACGGGAGGUCGUUUUGUUUAGUGCAGCUAUUAAAUGUGCAAUGUAUUACGUAGCUCAAAAACAUACAUGCUAUAAAGCUCAUUUUGUUGUCCAUUGUGUAAGCUCUGUAUCUUAAAAAAAAAAAACUUUCAAAAAAAACUACGGUUGUACACAAACAGUUAUUGCCAUUAUAACAGAAGUUGCAUGGGAUCUGGGGAUGUGUUGCUCACCUGUUUGCUUAUAGGACAACAAAAUCCAUUCGAGAGCAGCUACCUUCAUAUUACUCAAUAUCAUAGUAUUGUACAAAACACUUAAGGCAGUCAUUUUGUGUUGUUAUGUUCUCGAAAAGUUGGGGAUACCACUAUUGCUUGGCAACUGUCUUGUUCAUGGAAUUUUUGUUGCUUUUUCUUCACUUUUGCUCUUCUCUUUUUUUCUAUCUGUGAAUGCACUGUUGACCUUACUGAUGCCUUAUGUAAGUGGCCUUGUCCUGUUAAAUAGAUGUCUCUCUCUUUCACACAAACACAAAAAAACGGGGGCUGCGAAUGCACUAGUGCGUUAAUGAAUUGCUUUAUAAAGGCUCUGAUCCAUGCAGUCGCACCUUUUUGCCCUUUUGUCUCGCAGCAGACUCCUCUGAAACUCAAAAUAAUAAAAGAAAAAAAACAAUUAUCAGCUUAAUAAUGACUGCCAUUUUAACAUGUCUGUGCAUUCUUUGUUAAACAUAUCGUAACUAUAUCAAAUCUUAAAUUAUAUUCUCCAAAACAUGACCCCGCUCUGAGACAGAAUGGUGUAGCACAAAAUGUACUACUAUGUAGUAUAAGGUGGCGUGGAUGCACUUCAGAUGGACUGUAACUGGCUGUCAAAUGUACAGAGGUCAUUUGGCAUGCUCAGCCACCAUGGUUGAGACAAAUUAGGAUUUUCUGCAAGGAUAACUAUUAUAUUUGGGCCAUUUAUAUCUGUUGACGUGUCAAACGCUUAAAGUCUUCAAAGAAAAUGAUGUGUCCUUAAGAAUAAUGACAACACUCUCAAUCAUGAGUCUGUAUUGAUGUAUGUUUUGGUAGGUUUCGCCCUCAGCCAGGGUGAGUGAGUAUCUUUACUCAGCCCUGGUUUAAACAACCCGUGAUCUGACCAAUAACCAGUUGAGCCGAGCUGCAGCUGUAGAGGUCUGUCUGUGUCUGAGAUGAGACCAGGACCAGAUGUAUGUCUGUACCAACUUCACUAUAUGCAUGUUUUAACUUAAGUUUCUGUACAUGACUUCAACACACUUCUUUGUGGGUUGAUAGAACUCUGAGCUUUCACAUUUGUACAAUUUGACAAACUCUGUCACAAUUUUCCCUAUUUCUAGAAAACAUUUUGGAGCAUUAUUGGAUAAAGUUUUGUUGGAAAUGGAAAGAGAAGAACCUGUUGGUGUCUGUUGCUCAGUACUCAAUCUCACAAUUGUACAGGUAACCUGGUCAACAUCAAAGAAAGUCCAUACACUGAGAAAUGUCUAAAAUGCAAAGAUAUGUACAUUGUAAACUAAGAGAAUUUUGUAAGGAAGCUUCUAUUUUGAAAGGGUAUGGGACCAAAAACAAGUGCAGUGUAAUGUUUCUAAAGAUGACCCAAUAAAGACUGAGAGGCUGAGGAAAUAUUGUAAAAUAGUCACACUCCAUUCUACUUCAUUUGCUUCUGUAACAUCUUUGAUUGGGUGAAGGUAGGGCAAAUGUAUGUGUAUACACCUGUGGCCUAUCAUCUUUCAAGAAAAAAAACUAACAAAACAAAAAAAAAACGUUUCAGACGUGAAUUGUUCUGGACACUUGAAUUGUCAUCAUUUUUGCAUUCUGUUGCGCGCUAAGUAUUACAUUUGUUUAUUUGCCAUGUGUUUUUUUCUUUCUCUCAACCUUCGCAAAGAGGCCCUAUCUUUAGCCAGAAGAUCUUUAUUGGAUAACAAUGGAGAUAAAAUACGAAGCUCUAUUUUUGUUUUUGUUUAUUGCAUAACAAGAUUUUUUCAUUUGAAAUUGUUUUGUAAAAUAGUUUCUGUAUGAAUGUAUUUUUUAUUGGAAAAUCGAUAAAAAGAAUUUAUUGGAUCUA